GGCUCUCUCUUGCACCCCAGCAGAAACACGAGCAUCGGGAGGCGCGUGGAACAUCGCGUGGAUAAUGCGCGUGCCUUGGACACUUCCCGCGCGUCCAUGAAGGAGAGGAUGGAGACAUGGCAGGCGCAAUUCUCCAUAUCUUGAACUCGGUGAAUUAAAACACCUUGUGAGAUUUUGAGACUGCUGGAUCCUGUCUUGGAUAAAAGCGCGUUCUUCUGCACCUGAAGAAAAUGGAUCCAUCCCCUACAAGGCCGAACGGCUCGAAAAAGAGGGUCAAAAUUCACCCCAACACAGUCACGGUGAAAUAUGCCACACAUUUUCCCCAACCUGGCGAUGAAGGCUACGAUGACGCCCCGUCUUUUGAGGACUUCAGUGCGUUCGUGGACAAUAACCCUAAUAAGAGACUGGUGUCAGAGAGCGGCCAUGGCAGGACUUUAUUCGGCACAAUGGAUACGCGCCCCAGGCCCGAGCAGAAAGACAAAGGUGUGGGCGGUCAGCUCGCGAGCUUCGGCGAGGCCUCCGUUCUAGCCUCGCGUGUCACCUGGGGCGCCCUCUUCGGGGCAGCCAUAGCGCAUGGCUGUGUUGCCCUCAUCACACGGCUCGCGGCGGACCGCUCCAAAGUGCCAUCUUUAGAGCUCAUCUUCAUCCGCUCUGUGAUCCAAGUGAUGUCCAUACUGGUGGUCCUCUACUACAAAGAGGCCCCCUUCGGGCCUAAAGGCUAUCGGCUACGGUUGUUCUUUUACGGGGUGUGCAACGUCAUCUCGAUUACCUGCGCGUACACGUCCUUCGCCAUCGUUCCGCCUAGCAACGGCACUAUCAUGUGGCGGGCGACCACCACGGUUUUCAGUGCCAUCCUGGCCUUUCUCCUCCUAGACGAACGUCUCGGUUACACCGACGUAGUGACUGUCGUAGGUAGUCUUUUUGGUCUGUGCCUGGUCAUGAUCCCCAACAUUGCCGACGAAGAGAAGUCUCCUCUGGGUUUCUGGAAAGAAGCUUUCGGUUAUACCAUGACUGUGAUGGCGGGGCUCACCGCGGCUCUGUCCAUGAUAGUGUACCGUGCCAUCAAAGAGCGUGUCAGCAUGUGGACGGCGCUCUUCACGUUCGGCUGGACGGGCACUGUGUGGGGGGCGUCGACCAUGUUUAUCAUGCAAGAACCCAUCAUCCCAUUGGACGGCGAGACUUGGGGCUAUCUCAUCGGAAUCUGCAUCUGCUCCACCGUGGCGUUUUUGGGUGUCUACUACGCCCUCAACAAGUUCCACCCCGCUCUGGUCAGCACCGUGCAGCAUCUGGAAAUCGUGGUUGCCAUGUUUCUUCAGCUCAUCGUUCUGCGAAUGACCCCGUCCGUGUAUGACGUCUUUGGGGCUCUGGUCAUCAUGGUCAGCGUGUUCGUUCUGACGGGUCUCAAGCUCUACCGGGUGGGCAGGGCAAUUCGACAGGAUUACCAGGAGAUCUUGGACUCGCCGAUCAAAUGAGCUCAUCAUCUUGUGUGUACUUGAGUGCAUGAGGGGGCAUGUAUACUUGUGUAUGUGUGUGUGUGCAGUGUUUACCAGCCCGCUUUUCAUACAAAUGUGCAAUCAUUGAAUGUCUGGAUCUUUGGAAUUUAUUUUUGUGUCUCUGGAGGAGUGCCAUUGGUGUAAUGUCUUUGCUAAAUGUCGAUGUGUGAAAAUAAAAAACAAUGAUCUAUAGUG